AUGUCCGAGCUGGCCUUUGCCAAAUCCUUCCUGUCCACGCUGGACUCCCGGCCCAUCAAGCUGCGCGCUGACCAUGUCUUCGACCCAGAGCAAGUGGGACUGCGAGUGCCCUAUACACUCCCCCGUCUGCAAGCCCCGCACCCAGAAAUGCCCAAGAAAGUGAGAUCCACGCAAGCCCCAGGCUCGUCGAAAUCAAUCACGGUGAAUGUCAAGUCUGCCCGGAAUCCUGCAUUGGAGUUUGCGAUUCCAAACGCUCCACUUGCAACCACCUCUCUACAAGAUAUCCGGGAUGCGGUGGGCCAGCGCGUUAUCGAUGCACAAGGCAACCCGGUGCCGCUGGAUAAGAUCAAGAUUCUGUACCGCCGCAAGCCGGUGCCGGGGACAGGGAAGACAAUUGCAGAGAUUCUGGCUGAUGAGCCUGAUAUGCUGGCCGGGGGAAAGGCGGUCGAGUUGGGCGUGAUGAUUAUCGGGGGCGCUCAGGUGGCUGCCACGCAACCUGAGACUGCAGAAGCUGGCGACAAGUCAGCACCCAAGGCUGUGGUGGGACCGAGUGGUGCGGAGGUACUGCAGUCGGAGGCAUUCUGGGAUGAUCUACAGGGCUUCCUGGAGCAGCGGGUCAAGGAUGAGACAGAAGCAAAGCGGUUGCGGGCGAUGUUCCACAAUGCUUGGAGUACCAAUCGGUGA